ACCCGGUCAACGCCGAGGGCCUUAAGCCCCUUAGCACCUGCAACUUGCCAAAGGUGAAAUUCAUCCCUAUAAGCUUGCAGGGCAACUUGUAGGCAAGGAGCUGAUCCAUCAAAGACACAAGCAUUGCGGUGUUUCCAAAGGAUCCAAGCCCCCAACAUAACCAGUGAAUUGAAACCUUUUUUGUGCUGUUUUGGUACUUUCCUCCAAGCUUUCAACCACCAGUCCGCCAAAGAGACCGUCCUUCGGUUGGGGACCAAAGCGACCAGAUUCAGGGGCACUAAGACAGCGAACCAGAAUUGUCUAGCGAAAACACAGGUUGUGAGGAUGUGUUGUACAGUUUCGUCUUCUUGGUCGCAGAGGGGACAGCGGUCCGGGUGAGGGAGUCCUCUUUUUUGCAACCGGUCAGCUGUCCAACAACGGUUCCGGAUUGCUAACCAAACAAAAGUUUUGCAUUUUCCUGGAGCCCAAGACUUCCACAAUCGCCUCCAAGGUUCAAACGUAGUGGACCCAAAAAAGAAGGCACGGUAGGCCGAUUUAGUGGAGAAAGAACCUGAAGAAUCAAGCUUCCAGUGGUGAGCAUCUUCCAUGGCAUUAAGUGCAAAGCCCGAAAUUAAAUCCCAGAGCUGCAAGUACUCAGCAAGCCCAUGCCAACCAAGAUGCCAACCUAGCAUCAUCUCUGCUUCUUCGUUCCUGUCUAAGCUGAAUUUUUGAAGCCCUUCCGCAGUGAACAGGAACUCCUCUUCAGGCUGGUAUCAUAUGUUUUCAGUCCUUCUGGAACUUCAUGUUGCUACAGAUAUUCAUUGUGCCAUGUUUACCUUCCCUUCAAUAAUUCCUCGCAAGUCGCAAGCAACUGAUGAAUAGAUUGUGGCAAUGUCAAGAGGGCUCCACUUUCGGAAAUACUAAUCCAUUCAGUGAGACGAGCUGUCGAAUCGAAUGAUGGAUGGUCAUUGAUCUGCCGACCCAGGUACGGCUGUAUUUAUAGGGCCUUAGUAGCAAAAGCCCAUCGGUUAGUAGGCCCAACAAAAAGCCCAUACAUAUUUCUGUGGGAUUUGGUUGGUCUGGGCCCGCCUAAAGCUCCCUUCGCUCUUCAGUCUUUAGCAUGUCGUCGCCGGCGGCGGCCGUGCUUGUCAGCAACGGUGCCGUCUCCCCGCGCGCUCCCCCUUCCGCCGCCUCCUUCCUCGAGGCCACCCCGGGGGCCUACACCACCGCCCGCGGCAGCCUCCUCUGGUGGCCCCGCCACCUUCGCCGCCUUGCCGAAUCCGCCUCCCUCCUCGCCCGCUCCCACCCUCAGCUCCUCGGCCUCCCUCGGCCGCGCUCCCUCGACUCGUUCUUCUCUGAAACGCCCAUACAUGCUCUCGUCAACCCCUCCGUGCGGCUCGCCAUUCGCGAGAUGCGCGGCAGGCUGCCCAUGGUCAAGGAGGACGAUCUAGCGCUCACGGCCCUGAUCAGAGGAGGCGAUUCGGUCUCCAGGGAUGGCAUCGACGUCUUCAUCCAUGUGGGGAUGUAUUCCCCGCCGGUGUUUGGAGAUUCGGGGGCUAGGGUUGCCGUGGCUGGCACGGGAAGGGACGCCGCCGCCGCCAAGUACGCGCCCUGGGCCAGGAUGCGGAAGAGUAUGGAAAGGAUGAGGCCUCCUGGGAUCACAGAGCUUCUGUUGACUAAUGAUGGGGAUCACAUUCUUGAAGGCUCUGUCACAAACUUCUUUGUUGUCUGCCAAAAGGAGGAACAUAAGAGCAAAGAACCUUUCGCUGUACAAACAUUGACAAACAUGUUUGAAGUGCAAACAGCUCCAAUAAGUGAUGGAAUUCUCUCUGGAAUUAUAUGCCGGAUAGUGAUAGAGGUGUGCCAUGAUAUAGGAAUCCCAGUACGAGAGAUCUCUCCAUCAUGGUCCAAGCAUGAACUCUGGCAAGAAGCUUUUGUUACAAGUAGCUUAAGGCUUAUCCAGCAUGUGGAGUCAGUUCAAGUACCUUCAUUGUGGGAGGACGUACAAUCAAAAACCUGGAGCGAUGUCUCUUGGGCGGUGAAACAAUUUCAGGGUCCUGGAUGCAUUACUACACAGAUUCAGACAGAGAUAUUGAAGAGAGCAAGAUCAGAGGAAUAUGACAUCAACAAUCUCCUAUGAGUUAUGAACAGUGUCUUUGAUUCAUUUGAAGUGUGUAGGCUUUAUUUCUCCCCAUCAUCUAUUUCAUUUCAUUUUAUUUAGAUAUUGAAGAUUGCAUUCCUUUAUGUGGAGGAUUCAGGCAUUUUAGGUGUAAAGGUUUCAGAAUGAUUCAUUGCUUUGUGUUUUUAUAUCUUUAAGCAAAACAGGUCUAACCUCAAGGAAGGACAUGGAAGUCAAGUAGAUACCUUUGAAGUCUGGAUCUAGUUGGGGGUAUGGAUAGUCUGAUGGAUACACUAAAGGGAGAUUGAAAACCAAAGCUCCAGGAAUAGUGUGGAAAAGAAAAGAGUUCCAAUCCCAUGUGGAUCUAUGUUCAUUGUUUUCUGUUCUGAUAAACCGACCCAUAUUUGAGGACUUAAUUGUCAUCUCUGUACUAUGAACAAAUGAUCCCAA